UUAUCCAGAAUUUGAAAACACAUAUUGCCAAAAUGUAACUUAUUAUAUAUAAUAUGUAUUGUAAUAUACAUUUUAUAUAUUAUUUAUUAUAUAUCAAAUCUCUCACGCAGAAAUGCGAUCACACGAGCUUUGUACAUACACAUCGACAGCUAACAUAACCUCACUCCAACUGCACAGUGCACAGGCUGCAUUGGGUUGCAUUCAGCUUGUCAACUACGAUUCACGCGUGCAUACGUUUGUGUAUACAUCUAUAGGACACUGAACGCAAUCGGAAUUUGACAUUAGUCAUGUCACGACGUACAAAUCCGCGUGAGGAUUGACGUUUUAACCAAACGCCGCUGGAUUCGCCGACAAAUUUCUCGUAGACAUUCAUCUAAGAGGAUAGAAUGACAGAGGCGGAGAUGACACUCGAGGAGGAGCUUUCCCCGGACCUGUUCUCGGAUUUCGAAUUGUCGCAAAGCACGAACAACGCCGCUAAUUCGGACUCAAGCUCGAUGUCCGUUGGCGUUAACGAACCCGAGCCCUCCGAUGACGUACCCGAGUGGAAGGGCAUGAGCAUGGACGAGAUACGUAAGGGACUCGGCGUUUACGAAUAUCAAGAGCAUCCACCGAUCGUCGUCUCUCCUCGUCAUACAGUAUUAUAUAUGUUACCGUUGCCUACGCAUGGACCACCAAAACCGUAUCCGACGCAUCAAGUAGACAAAUGGAGCCAGGGCUAUGUACGAAUGCCGCAUUCUACGCAUAGUUUGUACCCGAUAGAACAGAGAAGUGGAAGUCGCUGCUGCCGAAAUAGAUGGGAGAUGAUCCAGGAAGCUUUGCUGAGGAGCAUUCUUUCCAGCCAACAAUUAGAAAACGCUAUACUUUCGUACAAUCAGAUAUAUGCACAGCGCUGGAAUUUUGCAGCGCUCCAUCACUUUUUCUCGGAGGUUAUGGAUUCGGAAGAGACAACCAUGUUCUUUGAAAUUUUGAUGCCAAAAAUAGUUCUACUGGCUUUGCAGCUUCCUGUACUGUUAACUGGUCCAGUACCCUUGUUGAAACGACAUAGCAACGGCUCCAUCAGUUUAAGUCAAUUACAAGUAGCUUCGCUACUGGCAAAUGCAUUUUUUUGUACAUUUCCCAGACGCAAUUCCAGUAAUCCGCAAUCGGAAUAUGCAACCUAUCCAUAUAUUAAUUUUAACAGAUUGUACGCUGCUUAUAACGAGAAACAUAGCCAAUGUGAGUCAGUGAUGGAAAAGAUCAAAUGUCUUCUGCAUUAUUUCAGGAGAGUAACAGCUAAAGCACCUGAAGGUAUAAUAACAAUCGAACGACGUUAUGUCCCUUUGGAGAACUGUCCAAGGUGGAAUUUGCAAGACCAAAAAUUGCCACCGUUACACAUAACGAGUAAAGGAACCAUCGAGAGUGAGGGAGCAGGACUGCUUCAAGUGGAUUUUGCAAAUAAAUAUGUGGGUGGAGGUGUGCUAGGUUUAGGCUGCGUGCAGGAAGAAAUACGGUUCGUUAUAUGUCCAGAACUUAUGGUUACUAUGUUGGUCACGGAAGAACUAGACGAUACGGAGGCGCUCAUCGUCAGCGGUAUCGAGCGGUACAGUAAAUACGAAGGGUACAGCAGCACUUUCAAGUGGAAAGGCGAUUUUGUAGACGAGACACCGAGGGAUAACAGCGGCAGACGUAUGACGUCAAUCGUCGCUAUUGAUGCCCUUUACUUCAGGCAAUCCUCGCUGCAAUUCAAUAUGGACAACAUAAAUCGUGAGCUUAACAAGGCUUAUGUUGGAUUCGUCGGGUCUGAUACCUAUAAGAACAAUCUGCCCGCCAUUGCAACAGGAAACUGGGGAUGUGGCGCGUUCCGCGGAAAUCCGAAAUUGAAAGUCUUGAUACAGUUAAUGGCUGCUGCAGUUGCAGGCCGGUCGAUGGUCUAUUUUACUUUCGGAGACACGAAGCUGCGGGACGACGUGGGAGCGAUGUAUGCACAUUUGGCUCAUCACGAUAUUGAUAUAGCACGACUUCACUCAAUGCUGUCCGAGUAUCGUCGAGAGUCUGCGUCAUCAAACGCCGAUUCGGAUUUUUAUCGUUUCUUGUACAACAGAAGUAGGAUAAAACCGUUGAGCAAGUACUUCCCGGCAAAGACUGAAAGCUCUUCGAAUAUCUCCGCCGAGUGUCUGAAGAAAAAGCUAUUUAAAAGAAAGGAAACCGCGACCUUAUCGAACGAAGAUGUCGAUAAGCGAUUUACUUACUCGGCGGCUAAGGAGAAGGAAAUGGCGGAGGAGGAAAAAAUAAUGAAUUGGUUGACAAGCUGCGAGGACAAUAGCAACGACAACGUUAAGCGCGAUAACGAGGAUGAGAAGGGUGAUACGCGUGAUGAAAAAAACAAGAAUAAUCCAAGAGAAGGAGAUGAUCAUAACAACGACGAUUUGCAAAACAAUCGUCUCGCAAAUAACACUAUCGAUGGAGAGAACACACAAAUGGAAGAUAAGAUGUUAAACAAGUUGGAUAACAGUGCGAAUACCUUGAAUUCGGAAAAACCCGCGAUUCUUAUCGACAGUCAAGACACGUCAAAGAAGAUGAAACCCGAGUCGUCUACGGAACUGAAUGACAGCGAAUCCGUUAAGAUCUUGAAAGACUGUGCCCCGGAAUCGGAUAAACAAAAGUCACUCCCGAAAAAGGGUGGCCAAAGGAAGAUAUCGGACUUUUUCCAACGAAUAUCGUGAAUUCUGAACGGGUGUUUCAAACCAAUGCCAAUUAGCUUCUGCGCAUUCUGCAAUUAUAAAUAUUCUGUAUAAUCUGUAUAAUUUUAAACGUUAUACAAAUCUCUUGAAAGUACAAUGUAAAUAAAAUUCUGUAUAAGAUGGA